CUUGCUCGCGCCAAGAUGGCGGACGAGGGGAGCGAGGGGCUGCCGCGCUCCGUCCUGCCGGGCCCGCUGAGGGGCGGCAGCUCCGGGGGAGGCGGCGGCGGCGGCUCGGGCUCCUUGUCGUCGUCGUCGUCGUCUUCGGCAGCAGCAGCGGCGCCGGCUCCCUCCUCCUCCGUCGCCCCCGCCACCACCCCCACGGCUCCCCCUCAGCCGCCGCCGCCGCCGCCUCCCGCCCCCCCGGCGGGGCCUCGCGUGGUCCGCAUCGUCAAGUCGGAAUCCGGCUACGGGUUCAACGUGCGCGGGCAAGUCAGCGAGGGCGGGCAGCUGCGCAGCAUCAACGGGGAGCUCUACGCGCCGCUGCAGCACGUCAGCGCCGUCCUGGGCGGGGGGGCGGCCGAGCGCGCCGGGGUGCGCAAAGGGGACCGCAUCCUCGAGGUGAACGGCGUGAACGUCGAAGGGGCGACGCACAAGCAAGUGGUGGACCUGAUCCGGGCGGGGGAGAAGGAGCUGAUCCUGACGGUUCUGUCGGUGCCCCCCCACGAGGCCGACAACCUCGACCCGAGCGACGACUCUCUGGGCCAGUCGUUCUACGACUACACUGAGAAGCAGGCGGUGCCCAUCUCCAUCCCCACCUACAAGCAUGUGGAACAGAAUGGUGAGAAGUUUGUGGUCUACAACGUUUACAUGGCAGGCCGGCAGCUGUGCUCCAAGCGGUACCGGGAGUUCGCCAUCCUGCACCAGAACUUGAAGCGGGAGUUUGCCAGCUUCACCUUCCCCCGCCUGCCGGGCAAGUGGCCCUUCUCCUUGUCAGAGCAGCAGCUGGAUGCCAGGCGGCGGGGGCUGGAGGAAUACCUUGAAAAGGUGUGUUCCAUCCGGGUCAUCGGGGAGAGCGACAUCAUGCAGGAGUUCUUGUCAGAGUCAGAUGAGAACUACAACGGCGUGUCGGACGUGGAGCUCAGAGUGGCGCUUCCGGACAUCACGACAGUGACUGUCCGGGUCAAAAAGAACAGCACCACGGACCAGGUGUAUCAGGCUGUUGCUGCCAAAGUUGGGAUGGACAGCACAACCGCCAACUACUUUGCCUUGUUUGAAGUGAUCAAUCACUCAUUUGUGCGGAAGCUGGCGCCCAACGAGUUCCCCCACAAGCUCUACGUGCAGAACUACACCUCGGCCGUGCCGGGGACCUGCCUGACGAUCCGGAAGUGGCUCUUCACCACGGAGGAGGAGGUCCUUCUGAACGACAACGACCUGGCGGUCACCUAUUUCUUCCACCAGGCUGUUGAUGACGUGAAGAAGGGGUACAUUAAAGCGGAGGAGAAGUCCUACCAGCUGCAGAAGCUCUGUGAGCAACGGAAGAUGGUCAUGUACCUGAACAUGCUGCGGACCUGCGAGGGUUACAACGAGAUCAUCUUCCCGCACUGCUCCUGCGACUCGCGGCGGAAGGGUCACGUGAUCACAGCCAUCAGCAUCAAGCACUUUAAACUCCAUGCCUGCACCGAGGAGGGUCAGCUAGAGAACCAGGUAAUAGCCUUCGAAUGGGACGAGAUGCAGCGAUGGGACACCGACGAGGAGGGCAUGGCGUUCUGCUUCGAAUACGCGCGGGGGGAAAAGAAGCCACGCUGGGUGAAGAUCUUCACCCCUUACUUUAACUACAUGCACGAAUGUUUCGAGCGAGUCUUCUGCGAGCUCAAGUGGCGGAAAGAGGUGGAGGAAGAGGCGACAGACAAGGAUAACAAGAACUGCAGUAAAGACAACAUGUGCAGCAAGAACAUCUUUCAGAUGAUGCGGACACAGCACAGAGACAUUACGACUUAGCCUCGCGGCCGCCAUGGACAAAAACAGACAACCACACACAGACACACACACACAGACAGACAGACAGACAGACCGAGAAGCAAAACGUAUUAUCCCUUUCCCCGCCCCCCCUUCCUGAAAAUUAACACUUUUAAAAACGAAAAAGAGAGAGGGGGAAGUGGUUUAUUGUAUUAAAGCCCUUAAAACUAAAUAUUAAUAAUACCAUUUGUGAAUUUCAUGUUAAAUCAACUGGGGGGGCGGGGGGGCAGGCAGGGAUCCAGCCAAGCUGUUGGAAGCAGGAAGGGUGGGAAGAGAGGGAGGUGGGAGCGGGGAAUCCCGUUUCUUACCACCAAAAAUUAUGGGGGGGGUGUCUUCUCCCCCCCAUAGUUUGCCCCCCUUCCUGUUUCAAAGAUGGACUCUGCUGAGGGUUUUUUUUCUGUUCUUUCCUUUUCCUUUUUUU